UGCAGGGAAAUGGAUGAGGCGAUCGAGACUCGCCAGGAUUCUUUCCGCCGCCUACAAGCAGCAGGCUCGUCCACAGAUCGAUCAAUGCUGGCAGAAACACAAUGCAGCGCUUCUCCCGGCGAUCAAGGCGUGCGGCAGUGCCCGGGAUCUCGACAGCGCCAAAAUCAUCCACAGCAAGGCCCACUGUCUCCAUCCAUCGGAUAUUUUCGUGGCGAGCUCGCUAGUAAGCAUGUAUUCCAGGUGCCAGAGCAUGGCCGACGCCCGUACGGUCUUCAAUCAGAUGCCCAGGCACGACACUGUUCUCUGGAACUCGCUGAUGCUAGGGUUUGUGGAAACCGGCAGGUAUUCCGAGCUGGUGCUGGAAUCCUUUGCCCAGAUGCAGCAUCAAGGAUGCCAUCCAGACGCUAGAAGCUUUCUCGCUGCGAUCAGGGCGUGCACCGCGCUGGCCAUCCAAGAUUCCCCUGGAAACAAGCUUCGAUCGCUGGAAAGAGGGAAGAAGAUCCAUUUCCAGGCGGAAAGCUCCGGCUGUGGUGACAACGUUUUCGUCAUCAACAGCUUGGUGGAGUUCUACGCAAAGUGUGGCAGCAUGGAUGAUGCCUGGCGAGCUUUCCAGCGGAUGCCAUACGAGCUUAGCGUUUGCUGGAGCUCGUUGAUACUUGGCUAUGCCGAGAGUGGUGAUGAGGAGCUAGCACUGGAAAUCUUUUCGGGCAUGAGCUUGGCACCCGAGUCUCGGACAAUGGUAGCGGCUCUCAAGGCUUGCAUGGGACUAGCUGCCAAAGAAGAUGGAUCCAAGGUCGGAGUGGAUGCCAGGGUGGUAAAGACGAAAGCGCUUCAAAGAGGCGUGGCUCUACACUCGCAAGCCGUGAGCUGUGGGCUCGAGAAGGAUGUGUACGUUGCGAGCACACUGGUGAGUAUGUAUUCCAAGUGUGGGAGCAUGAUCGAUGCUUACAGGGUGUUUUGCAGGAUGGAUCAACACGAUGCUGUGUCGUGGACAGCUUUGAUGCUGGGGUACGUUGAGAAUUCCGAGCCGGAGCUUGCUUUGGAGGUUUUCUCUCGGAUGCAGAAGCAAGGCUCGUGUCGGCCCGAUGCAACGGUUUACCUGGUUGCUCUCAAGGCUUGCGGUUCUCUUGCUGAGGAGCAAGAAGAAAAGGAGGAGCCUACGGGCGGGAGGAAAGUGAGAGUCGAGAGCUUGGAAAGGGGGAUGGAAAUUCAUGCACAGGCUGCGAGAAAUGGUGGAUUCAAUUCGGACGUGUUCGUGGCAAGCACUCUCGUAGACGUGUACUCGAAAUGCGGGAGCUUGGUGGAUGCUCGUCGGGUCUUCGAUACAAUGCCGUGCUACAACGUUGUGGCCUGGAACUCGCUGCUGAUGGGAUACGCAGAGAACGACGAAGCUGAGCUAUGCCUGGAGCUGUUCUUCACGAUGCGGAGGUACUGCCAGCCCGACUGCUUGACUUUCGUGGCUGCACUCAAGGCUUGCUCGAGUCUAGCGGAGAAUGAGCUAGCAAAGGAGGUUGACGAGGAGAUGACGAAGAAGCAGCAGCUCAAGUACCUGGACAAAGUCAUGGCCGUGCACUCCAUAGUAGUCGAGACGAGUGGCUCCGGGGACACAGGCAUCUAUGUCAGCAACACUCUGGUGGAUGCUUACGCCAAGUCUGGGAGCAUGGCGGAUUCCCGUCGAGUGUUUGACAGGAUGCGUCGGCACAGCGUGGUUUCCUGGACUGCUCUCCUGCUGGGCUACACUGAGAACAAGGAAGCGGAGCUGGCUCUCGAGAUACUCCCGCUCAUGUCCACUCAAGGAUCAUGUCUUCCAGACGCUCGGACCCUGGCAGCAGUUGUCACGGCGUGCACCCAGCUGGUGGACUUGGAACAGGGAAGAGCUAUGCACGCGGAAGUUCUCAGGCUUGGAUUCGAGACCGAGAUCGUAACGGGGAACUGCCUGGUGGAUCUUUACUCCAAGUCUGGGAUCAUGGAAAGAGCUCAGCGAGUAUUCGACUCCAUGGAAGUUUUGACGAGCCCCAUCACCUGGACGUCGCUCAUAGCAGGAUACACUCGGUACAGCGACAGCGACCGGGUUUUCCAGAUCUUUACCGAGAUGCAAGAGCAGGGACUUCCAGCGUACGACGUUACUCUCAUCUGCGUCCUCACGGCUUGCAGCCACGCCGGUCUGGUAGACGAAGGCACGAGGUUUUUCGAGAGGAUUACAUGUCCGAGCUUGGAUCACUACCACUGCUACAUCGACAUUCUAAGCCGUGCCAACCGGCUGGACGCAGCGAUGGCGGUGGUGAAGACCAUGCCUUGGAAGGCGACGGCGGUAACGUGGAGGACGGUGCUCGGUGCGUGCCACAAGUGGAAGAAUGUGGAAAUUGGAAGGCUGGCUUUCGAGAAGCUGAUCGAAGUUGAUGGUGGCGACUUCGCAGGUUACACUUUGAUGGGAAAUAUAUAUGGAGCUGCCGGGCUGUGGGAAGAGAAGCAGAGAGUGGAAGCGAUCAAGCAACAAAACGCUGGGCACAGUGUUCUCAGGUUAGUCAGCACUGGAGCGUGAACUUCACAAGCUUCUCAUCUCAAGGAGGAUGUAUUGCGAUCCAUCUCUAGAGUCAAUUUUGAUGGUGUUUCCAGCAACAGCAGUACUGUUUCGAAGCAAGCUUCUCCAUUCGAGAGCUUCGGGCACAAAUGGACUACUUUGGAUCAGCUCCUUUGCAUCGUUUGUAUGCCCCAUACGAGCAAGCAGAUCAAUCAAGCAGCAGUAGUGUUGUCUUGUCACAUUCAGGCCAAAAUCCAUUUCCAAGGACAGCAAAAGACACUUGCCAAGCUCAGCUUUGCCAAUAUGGCUGCAAGCUAGAAGAGCAAGCACAAAACAAGUCUCGUCUGGAAGCUCCAAGGA